CCCUUCUUCUACCUCUCUCUCCCUCUCUCUUUCCCUCCCUCCCUGUCUCUCCCUCACACACACACACACACAUUCUCUCCCUCCCUCCCUCUCUCACGCACACACAUCCCCUCUCUCCCCCUCUCUCCCCCCUCUCUCCCUCUCCCUCCCUCCUUCCCCCCUCUCUCUUUCCCUCCCUCCCUGUCUCUCCCUCACCCACGCACACACACUCUCCCUCCCUCCUCUCUCCCUCUCCCCCUCUCCUUUUGUUGUGAUUUUUUUUUUCCCCUGAUGAAUCAUGAGUAAUUGUCGGUCAGCUGAUCUGAAAAACGUGGAGAUUUCUUCAUUGUUUUGCUUUCUCUUGGCUCGUCUGCUAGCAAAGAUUAAGCAUGUUUACCAGCCCUCUAAUAGGGUAUUGUGUCACCCUUGGAGAGCAAACAAAUGAAGAACCGGGCAACGGGGGGAAAAUACGCAACCAACUUGGCUUCUAGUGAAAAGCUAUUUUCAGAAACAAUUCUUGAAUUACUUUCAUUUGAGAGAGCCGCAUAGAAUUCAGGAGGUGAGGCAGCUACUCCUGCUCAGCCAGCGUCCUUUUUCCUGGCCUCGUGAACAAAGUUAGUAGAGGCGAUUUCUAUACUGCCAUCUUGGAAUCCUACCGCAGGUUUCCCAAGUUUUCACAUUUAUUUGCUCCCUGAUGUUGCUGCUGGAAAACUGUUGACUUGAUUGCUCUGAGUUCUUACCUAAGAAGGAAGGUGAAAAAUGCAUCCUUCAAGUCAUAUCAUCUAGGGAGUAGGACUAUUUCCUAGGAAAUUAUCAAUAGAAAUGUUUAUAACUGUUCUUCACGGAGAACACAAGGCCGAUCUUUUUAAUAUACACUGCAAAGUCCAGAUUUUGCUAGACGGCAUGAAACACCGCUGUGGAUACGAAGAUAAAGAGGAAAUAGAGUUAGCCGAUGAGAGCGGCCAAGUCAAGAAUUUACUUCAAAACAAAUAUCACUAUGCGACAGAACUCCUGGGAGAACGAGAGACGUACAUACUCCUUCGUGUCACAAAUGGAGAAAAACCUUCAGUGACGGAAUUUAGGCCACUGUUGAAGGAUGAGCACAUCAUUAACCCCAAGUUUCUAGCUAAAUUAGGAAGUUGUCAAGAGCACAAGGGACCCUCCCCAAGGAUGAAAUCCAAAAGGAUUCAUCGGAAGUCAACCCUUGGAUAUUCCCACUGCUGAAGGCAUAAGAAACGCUUCACCCCAUGGCAGUAGAACCAAUGUUUCUCCAAAACAGAGCAAGAAAAACUGACUGGGUGGGUGAAUUCAUAUCCCCUGCUACAUUUUUUGGAAACGUUUUCUCUUUGUUGCAAAAUGUGGAUUAGAGCUGCUCUUCCUUCUUGCCAAAAAGUAAAAUUGCAGUAUGGUAAGAAUCUGUAGAGAUUCUCCGUCAUCCAGGUCAUGGUUCUCCCAAAGGUGCUUUUUUCAGGAGUCAACUGGACUUUCUUGCUUUUUCUUUGAAGACCUUUCCCUUCUCAUCCAAGAAGCUUCUUCAGCUCUGACUGGAUGGUGGGGAAGGGAAGGAUUUAUAUUCCUUGCAGACAGCUGCUCAUUUGCAUCCUUUUAGAGGAUCGUUGAAGCACUUGGAGGUUCAUGAUAAGAGUCCUGUUGGAGUCACAAACACGUUGAAACUCAAAUCCAAAUUUCGUAAUAAACUUCACUACAGGCAAGAAUGCCUAAAACAGGAGCCCUAAUCUCUCUGGGGAGUCUGUGCAUGCAAAUGUAUGGUGCAGUUGGGUCAAGAUUAAUUAACUAUCGAGAUGCUGGCAGAACUUAAAUACACUCUCUUGCUCUUUCUCUCUUAAA